UAGGCCGCUCGAAGAAGAAGAAGACCAACGAUGAGAGAACAAAGAUAGGGAAUGAGGUAAUGGCAGGAACAUCUGAGAAGGAUCUUUUAUGAGGAGUCUGAAAUGGCAACGCCAUAGCCCAAGAUGAAUGGGUUGUGAGGGGCGUCUUUGUACGAGGCAUUUCUCUCCAGAGGACCCUCCGAAGAGAAAAAUGGGUCUCCCUUUCCUCUUGCCCGUCUCCACCGAGAUGACCUCAUUCAUCUGGAGGACAAUGGAGAGUCUGGGCCUUUAAGUUCAUAGCCAUUACCUCAUCUUCUUCGUGGGGGCCGCAGAUUUGAGAAGCAAAAGCAUUGCUCCAGUUCGGGGGUCUGCGGUUGUCAUGGCGGAUGAAAUGAAUGAUGCUCAGCUCAUAACCGGGGAGAGGCUGGUGACUUGGCUGGAAAGCAGCAUGGAGAAGUUGCUCCUGAUUGACAGCCGCCCCUUUGUGGAGUACAACAUGUCCCAUAUCUUGGAGGCCAUCAACAUCCACUGCUCCAAACUCAUGAAGCGCAGGCUGCAGCAGGAUAAGGUGCUGAUCACCGAACUUAUUCAGCAUUCGGCAAAACAGAAGGUUGAAAUCGAUGGCAAACAGGAAGUUGUGGUGUAUGAUCAGAACUCAACGGAUCUGGCGACUGUCCCUUCCGAUUCCUUCCUGAGUCUCCUGCUGAGAAAAUUGGAGAAAAGCUUCAGCAAUGUUCACUUGCUUGCAGGUGGAUUUACUGAAUUUUCCAACUGUUUCCCGGGCCUUUGCGAAGGGAAAUCUAUCCUGGUGCCUUCCUGCAUUUCUCAGCCUUGCUUACCGGUUUCCAACACGGGCCCCACCCGGAUUCUCCCCCACCUGUAUCUGGGGUGUCAAAGAGACGUCCUCAACAAGGAGCUCAUGCAACAGAAUGAGAUUGGCUACGUGUUAAAUGCCAGCAAUACCUGUCCUAAACCUGACUUCAUCCCAGAGUCCCACUUCUUAAGGGUGCCGGUGAAUGAUAGCUUCUGUGAGAAAAUCUUUCCUUGGCUGGACAAGUCUGUGGACUUCAUAGAAAAAGCCAAAGCUUCAAACGGUUGCGUCUUAGUCCACUGUUUAGCCGGAAUCUCCCGCUCGGCCACGAUUGCCAUUGCCUAUAUAAUGAAAAGGAUGGAUAUGUCCUUAGAUGAGGCCUACAGGUUUGUGAAAGAGAAGAGGCCAACCAUUUCUCCUAACUUCAACUUUCUCGGUCAACUUCUGGACUUUGAAAAGAAGAUCAAGAAUCAGGGGGGCACGAGCGGACUUGUUAGCAAACUCAAGCUUUUGCAUUUGGAAAAUGGCAGCAACCAUGGAGCAGGCGGUGGAGUCCUGAGGGGCCCUUCUCAGCUCUGUGCUUCCUCUACCUCAGAGAACAUGGAGCAAAAACCCCGGGAGCCAGGAACCCCCCCGGCUCCCCCUCUCUCGCCAUCUGCAGAGGGCGGCUCCUUGGUGCAAAGCCGAACUGGGUUAAACGUCUCCUCCGAUAAAGUUGAAGACAGCAACCGAUUGAAGCGGUCGUUUUCCUUGGAUAUCAAGUCAGUCUCUUGCGCCGCGGGCAACGCUUGCCUUACCGCUUCAGGACCCGGGUACCCAUCCUUGGAAGACACGUUGGAGUUCUACAAGCAUUCGGCCACUUUGGAAGCGGGCAGCAAAUUAUGCCAGUUCUCCCCUGUUCAGGAAGUUUCAGAACAGACACCCGAGGGCAGUCCUGAUAAGGAACACACCAAGCUGCCGGAGAAGUCCCACCAGGGCUGGCCGCCGGACAGCCAGAACAAGCGGCAGCAUUCAGGAAGGGCCACGUGUCCUGCUCAGAGGUCGUCCUUGUAUCCAUUGCAUCGAAGCGGCAGCAUGGAAGACAAUUACAGAACCAACUUCCUCUUCGGCCUUUCGGCCAGUCAGCAACAUCUGGCCAAGUCUGCAGCUGGGCUGGGUCUCAAAGGCUGGCAUUCGGACAUCUUAUCUCCUCAAACCUCCGCGGCUUCCUUAACCGGCGGCUGGUAUCUCACCGCUGAUCCCUCCCAUAUUUAUUCCGCUUCAGCCGUCUACGGGAGGAGCGCCACUUAUUCGGCCUUCAGCUGCAGCCAGCUGCCCACAGGGUGUGAGCCGACGUACGGGGUGCGCCGGAGAGAAAAGCACGGGGAGCGAGGCGACUCCCGGCGGAGCUGGCAUGAGGAGAGCUCCUUUGAGAAGCAGUUCAAGCGGAGGAGUUGCCAGAUGGAAUUUGGGGGAAGUAUCAUGUCGGAGAACAGGUCCCGAGAGGAACUUGGGAAAAUGGGGAGCCAAUCCAGCUUCUCAGGCAGCAUGGAGAUUAUUGAAGUAUCUUGACUCUCUUCGAUGAAUAUUUUUUUUCCCCCAUUCCUCUUUCCACCCAAUUUUCUAUAAAAACAAUUCCCUGUAAA